GACCGACAGAGACGAAGCGACUGACUGACUGUGCAUCGCACGUGCCAAAAAGAGACGGAACGCUGGUGAGACCGCCGAACGCGCACACACACACGCACGCAACAAGAAGACGAAGAAGAAGAAGCAGAACAGGCAGCAACACAAUGUUUGAGAAGUGAAAAAAAACUCGAAUUAAAUAAUAAAUCGACCAACUGCAAUUAACGAAGGCGGGCGAAAAGCAAAACAUCAAGAUUUCGAGCACACGCAGAUUCCUCCAGAAGCUCACAAUGGAUCGAGUGACAAAGCCGCAGAAGAAGAUGCUCAUCACCUUGUUGCGGGAAACCAAGUACAUGGAGGGCAAGAAGGAGAAGGAGUGGUACUGGGAGAAGAUCCAGGCGGCCCUGAACACCAUCGGACCCAAAAAGACCAUUAUCCAGUGGAAAAAGUGCUGGCGCGACAUGCGUCUGACCACCAGGAAGAAAUUGGCGGAGCUAAAGCGCUGCCAACUCUCUGGGGGAUCGCCUCCGCCGGGAAUUGAGCUCAACCAGGAGGACAACGACAUCAUCGACAUCGUGGGCACCGAGUAUUUCUACGAGGAGAUGAACGGCGAACUAAAGCCGGAGAACUUCAUGUCCGGAUUCGACUAUGCGCCUGAGCAUAUCUGUGAUGUCAUUCUAACGUCAGCCGUGGGUAACCAUCAGCAGCACCUGCAGCAUCAGAAGGACUCACAGAGUCACGCUGGACAGCCGCAGCAGCAGGAUCAUCACACCAACGAUGGAGAGACAAACGAUGCACCUGGUUCCUCCAAUGGUGGCUCCUAUCAAGGACAACCCGUGCCGCAGCUUCAAACGCAUAAUGGCGGUGGCGGCGGUGGAGGAGGUGAGCAUGGAGGCGGCAGCGGGCAGUUGCACUCGAUUCCGCAGCAUCCAGCUUUUCACGGGAGUCUGCAUCCGCACCUAUUAAGGCGACAGCACGGCAGUGGAUCGGUGCCCAGGGAAUCGCCCUUCGAGGAGAAGCUGCUGCAGUUCAUGCAGGACGCCUUUCCCAAGAAGAGCAAGAAGCGCAAAAAUCGAGAUCCGGACAAGCUGUUCCUACUGUCCCUGUACGAGGAAAUCAAGCGGGUGCCCGAGGAGAUACGCCUGGAUGUAAAGUCCGAACUAAUGCAGAUACUGAAAAAGUACCAGAAGAAGUCACCCGUCAAGGCGGAGAAGUCCACGGCCUCAUCCACGUCCACCUCCUCGAAGCAGAGCUCCAGCAGCAGUAGCAGCAGCUCGGUGGCUGCCCACCUCUCGCACAGCAUGUACCAGUUGCAGAAGAAGUACGAGAAGGGAGAUCGCGAACCUUCGCCGCAGUCCCAAGUGGAGCGAGUGGCUGCUGCCGUGGCCGUGCCCCUGCACGCCUCCCAGCAAUUGCCGCUCUUUCAGCUGCAGAAGAAGUACGAGGAGAGCGCCGUUGAGAAGGCUCACCAGCAGCAGCAACAGCAGCAGCAGCAGAGCGAGCAGCGUAAGCAUGUGGAGGCUGCUCAGGCGCACCACGCUGCCCACCAGCAACCGCCGCCGCCACCGCCCAAUGAGCAGCAUCUACACCACCCGCAGAUGACACACAACAUCAUGUUUCCGCUGGGCCAGAUGCGCAACGAACAGCCACCCACGCAGCAGCACCAGCAUCCUCAUAAUCCCCACCAGCAACAGCAGCAGCAGCAACAUCCCCACCAGCAGCAGCAGGCACAGCAACAUCACCCGCCCACAAUUUUCGGCUCGAGCGCCAGCGAGCGUCCGGCCAUGUCCUACGAGAAUGUCGGAUGAGUGCUGAGCCGUCUGUGGGAAGCCACUUGUGGAGCACCACGCCCUGCGACGGUGUCCCCCACGACGGCAGACUCGCAUCCCUGUUAACCUUAUCGUAGUCGUAGCCCAUACCCUAUGCUAGCCUAUACCUAAGUCUGCAUUGAUCUCUUGCUGCGAGGCUGUUUGUAAUUCUAACGAGAUGUAUAUGAUAUAUGGAAUAUUUCAGUCUCCAAAGUAAUGUCUGUGGAAUUAUGACAGCCUGGUGGUAAGUGAUCUAGCCAUGAUCCUCAUGUAAAUGUUCCGGUGGCAAUACAAGCACAGCUAAACUGUGACUCAAGUUCUCAAUAGGUCGCAAGGCGUGAAUUUAUCGGUGUAAACAGAAAUAUAGUAACAUAUAUCUUU